UGUGCCAGUGGCUCUUUAAAGCGAUGCUCUGCCCCAACUCGCAAGCCCCAAUCUCUUUGGACUUGUUGCCAUAUCACGUGCCAGAUUCUUAAUGAAGUGGACACACGAGGGCCCCGUGUGCGCAUGCGCUUGGUGUAAAAUGUAGUUGGAAAUGAGGUGUCCGUCUUGGAGUAGUCGACUUUUAAAAAGCAUCGGCAGCCCCUGAUAUGACGACUUCGCUGGUUCUGCAUCCACGCUGGGCGGACACCUUGAUGUACGUUUAUGAAAAAAGCCCGAAUGACAACAGCCAGAAUAAAAGCCAAACAAUGGAGGGACUGAGCGGUAACUGCCCUGCGUCCCACUGCAGGGAACUGAUGUCGCACCCUGCGCUCGGACGACAUUCUGGCACCAUCGCGACGCACCAGGGCUCCGUCUACUCGGAUAUUUCCUCCGCCGACACCGGCCGCCAGUGUCCCGCUCCUCAGACGUCAUCCAGCGCGUCUUUGAGCUACGGCUACCCGUUUGGAAACCCUUAUUACGGCUGUCGGUUGUCUCACUCGCACAACGUGAACUUACAGCAGAAACCGUGCUCGUACCAUCCCGCAGAGAAAUACGUGGAGCCCAGCACGGCGCUGCCCACGGAAGAACUAUCCACUAGGGCGAAGGAGUUUGCCUUCUAUCCGAGUUUCGCCAGCUCGUAUCAAGCUGUUCCGGGAUACCUUGACGUGUCGGUGGUCCCCAGUAUCAGUGCGCAUCCCGAACCGCGCCACGACGCCCUGAUUCCCAUGGAGGGUUACCAACACUGGGCGCUCUCCAACGGCUGGGAUGGGCAGGUGUACUGCUCCAAGGAGCAAACGCAGUCAGCUCAUCUUUGGAAAUCUCCAUUUCCAGAUGUUGUUCCGCUGCAGCCUGAAGUCAGCAGUUACCGUCGAGGACGGAAAAAGCGCGUUCCCUACACGAAGAUCCAGCUGAAGGAGCUGGAGAAAGAGUAUGCAGCCAGCAAGUUUAUUACCAAAGACAAGAGAAGACGCAUCUCGGCCGCCACCAACCUCUCAGAGCGCCAGGUCACCAUCUGGUUCCAGAACCGACGUGUCAAAGAGAAGAAAUUCGUCAGUAAAUCCAAGAACAGUCACAUGCACGCCACUUGAUAGCAUGAGCAACCUUGAAAUUUUACAAAAAUGAAAUGAAAAAAGUGGCUGAAAAACACUUAGGCUUUUUUUUUAUUUAAAAUUUCCACAGACCAAUAAGCCAUCACGCCCCCUGUUUUCAUUUUAGAGAUGACGCUCUAAAAACUGUGAAAGUAUUGAGAAUUCACUUCACAUU